AUGCCGCCGCUCCUGCACUUGGAGUGGUUUGAUGCAAGCCUGGAUGUGCUUCAACUGCCCUUAAAGCCCUUGAACCAUGUGGUAAGCUCUCUCUACCCGCCUUGCUCAAAACGUAUACAAGCUAUUGGUGAAACUCUCAACGGUAAGUGGUUAUUGGAGAUUGCUAUUGCAUCUCUGCGGUUGUCCAUGCGGUUGGUGUUGUGUUUGGGCAUUGAUGAGAGAAGAGACAUUAUGGUGACAGCUUUGGUUCUAUGGUUGGACCAAGCAGAAGGAGCGCUCGAGCAAGAACGUAUGGACUCAACAAACAGUAAGGUCAAUGAAGCAAGCACGGCCUAUCUCGCGAGGAAAGACCUACCAUGGUCAGCCCGGCGCGAGUGCCCCGUAGCUAAAGACGAGUCCAGUCGCGAUGCAGCAGAUGAUCCAGAAGCUCCAAAUCCUAACCAGAACAUGAUGUUUCGGCUUCGAGCAUUAGCUAGAGAUGUCCAGAUGCAAGAUCUAUUCCCGGAUCCCAAAUAUUUACUGUGA